AGGUCAGUCAUGUGGAUGUUAAUUCUUAUCCAUGCUAUAGGAUACGUGGCAGCACAAUCUUUCCUAAGACCUGAGAAAAUACCAGAACUAUCCGCAGCACAGAUAGCUUCUUGCCAACUGACCGGACUCAUUUCCGCUGAUGACAGUUGCUGUCACUUUAUCAAGUGUGAUUUGAAUCAAAAUGUUGGCUGGAAGUUCCCAUGUCUCGGAAAAACAGUCUGGAAUUCGCAACUGUGUUCAUGUGUUCCUGAAAAGACAUAUCGAUCUUGUGAUAGGAGCCAAUGCCCAACCAUUUCAUUACCUGGGACCACUGCCCCUUGCCCCAUCGACCUUGGUUCAGAUGAAUGCUGUCUAAAAGGGACAGGCCAAAUAUUUAGAGGAGACGAAAGCAACUCAAGUGUGUACUAUUACCAAGGAGAGUUGGACUUCCAAAUCUGUCCCGAAGGUCAAAUAUUUGAGCUUGAUUCAUGCUGCUGUGAGGGACCAGUAGGAGGUAUUCCAAAACCAUGCAUCACUUAUGAAUAUAACGGAAAUUUCGUGGACAGUGAUCAGAAUGUGCAUGGUGACCCCGAUGGUGUAGUUAUAACGAGACCAGGUUUCAAAGGUGCUGGUUCUGCAUCAUUUGGUGAAGGAGCGAGCUUAGAAGUCCCAUAUUUCAGCAACGCCUACAUGGGCAUCCGAUUUGCCGCCGCCACUUAUUUCAGUCUGGAUAGCUUAGAUGAAGAGAGUGACGGGCUUCUCUUUCACAACGGAGAAGAAGAUGGUGUAGCCGCCACUGUCAAGAUGGAGAUAAUGUCAUGUAAAGGUGUACAGUAUUUAGUCGCUGGUGUGUCAGCAUGUGACCGGGUAGAAGACAUAUUGAUCACACUUACUGGAAUUAGUACGAAUACAUGGUAUAGAGCUUUUUUGACAUUCAACGAAGGCAACAUGGAAAUUGGAUAUAGUGAUGCUGACGGUAUAGUUAUCGCGUCUGAAGAAAUAUUCGAACCAGAUCCUAUUCCUACACCCGAGAUAAUGACAUUCUUGGACUGCCUGAACGAAAGAACUAAGAAGUCACUGGACAGGACUCUAACUGCAAUGAAUGAUGUGGAAACCGAUACUGCAGAGGAACGGAAUUUAGUGGACGAGGCAAAGGACUGUUUGGACGAGAUUAAAACAUAUCUUGAUGCAUUAGAUGACUUCACGACGAAGCCAGAGGAUGCGAUUGGUUUGACUGCUCUACGAAAAACAACAAAGGCAUUGAAGCCCAUUGUUAGACGAUGCAGACGAGGAAAAACUAUAGAUGUGAAUGAAUUGAAUACUUUAACAAAGGUCAUGGAGGAUACAAUUGAAAAGGUAAAUGAAAUCAUAACAAAUGUCAAGGCUGGACUUGUCAAGUUGUGCGAGCUGAAAGAAAACAAAAAACUGUACAGGGAUAUUCUAGAAAGUCCUCAGAGGAAAGAGUUGAAUGUUCUAAAGAGAAAGCUGAGAAGGGCAGCCGAUGCGAUUGACAAGGAAAAUCCCGUAGUUACUGGAGGUAAUAACCCGGGAAAGUUCGAUAUACUUUUAGAAGAGGCUCAAGCAUGCCAGGCUAAGCAAGGCAGGAAAAAGAGAGAUAUCGAGAAUGAUCAGAUUCCUUCAAUCGCGACAAGUAAACACCCACUUGUGAUUGGACCAGAUUUCCUUGGAACGUUAGACCACACGCAGUUUUGUUUUGACGGGGAAUUACCUGAAUGAUGACAUCAUAGCUUGGACUACAAGUUACAGGAAAUAUUUUCUAGUCUUAUGUCACAAGUGAAUCUACACUGCUAUAGAAAUAAAGAUGAUUUUUAUGAA